AUGAUAUUGUUUGGUUCCACUUCUAACAGUCAAGUGCAGGAUUUUGUCAUGCAAAUGAAAGAUGAAUUUGAAAUGAGCAUGGUAGGAGAGUUAAAUUACUUCCUAGGAUUGCAAGUCAAACAGACAAAAGAUGGAACCUUCAUCUCUCAAAGUAAGUAUGCCAAAAAUUUGAUCAAGAAAGUUGGGAUGGAGUCUGCUAAACAUGCCAAAACACCAAUGGAAACCAGGGUCAAACUGACCAAGGAUGAAAAUGGUGUAAAGGUAGAUCCAACACCGGCUAGUCGUCCUGACAUUAGCUACAAUGUUGGGGUAUGUGCUCGGUAUCAAGGGAAUCCUAUGGAAUCUCAUGUGACAGUUGUAAAGAGAAUCAUUCACUAUAUGACAGAAAAAGUACAAGUGGUAGAUGUUUCUAUCUAG